UCCAUGGAAUCAUUAAACAAGUGUGCGAUAUGCUUAGGUGACAUUACCCGAGCAAAUUGGACACAAAAUCUGCUUACAGUGUCACUCAGAGAGAGUAGUGUUGAGAUGGGUUCCAUCAUAUACAACAUGAAAUUUUUUGGCCAAAUGUCUAGAAGUCUUUUACGCCCCGAUGAAGAAACUCGGAUAAGGUUAAUACAUUCACCAUUUUACACCCCUGCAGAAACCUUCAUCAUGCAUGCAUCCUGCUACAAUCUGCUGUGUCUGUUUGCUGGGUGUGAGAUCAGUCCUCAUCAGACAUAUCGAUUUUGUCAAGCUAUUCAACCUGACCAGGAGCGAUACUUUAAUGAAACGAAGGGGUUUUCCUACUCAUGUCCGGAUCUCUACCCUUUCGUAACGCCUCGGAAAUCCCUAUCUUCUUCGAAAGUUACUUGGUCAUUCUUACAGCCUGACACAACACACUAUCCCUCGGCUCCCCUGUUCAAGCUAUCUACUGAGAUCAUGAUGGCUAUUCUUCAAUACUUACCACCUUCAGACUUAAUUCGCUUCUUCACAGCCAGCAAGCGAACUUUAUCCUACGCAAAUCUCUUCUGUCAGAUAAAUCCGUUACACUUUUAUCGCUGCACCACCGAUGCCACGAGCUGUUCAGAGGAAAAACGCAUCCUGAUGAUUGCCCUCUCAACUUGGGCUCGCUAUCCGGAACUUGAUCAGAGAUGGCAAAUUAUCUCAAGAAUAGGCUUACCUGCUGGACCUUCGCAUGACCCCCGAGCCCCUCUUCUUCCCGUCCAACAUCAAUACGGACUACGCGAGGACUUGAUAGAUAUUCCAAUUAAUGCUGAACGGAUUCAGGUAUGCAGCAUAUUGAUAGAAGGCAGACGUUAUGUUUCUGGUAUUGGAGUUGAUACCGGAGAUUCAAGCUUGUUUUUUGGUACCAAAACUGAGACCCUCCGCAGUAUCGAUCUCAAUUAUAUGGAAUUGGAGAACAUCGGGUUUGCACAAGAUUCGUUGGGAAUUAGGAGUAUGCGAUAUGGUACUUCGCCGUGGUUAUUCGGCGAUCCUGAGUUUCUUGACUGUUGGGGAGGGGCACUCAAGCUCCGGUACCUCGGUUGGGAUCAUGAAGAUGCUCCUAGUUUCGAAGAAACUCUCUUAAUAAUAGAUAAUCACCCAUUGCUAUCAUCCCAGGAAUUCAUUUCCAAAGACCUUUACGUGCAACAAAAAAGAGACCAAGAAACGGCGUUCGUGAGCAGAUUUGGUACCUUCCCGACUGAAGCUAUUCGGUUCGGUCGAGAACUGCAACAGAUAACGAUAUACGGGCGUGGAUUUGAUGGAAUUUCGGGUGUAUCUGUUUGUACGGAUUCGGAGAGUUAUUCCGUUGGGUCGUGUGAUGGGGUGCCCUUGUCUAUGAUGUUGGAUGCUCCGCAUGAAUGUAUUGCUGAAGUUGAGGUGAUAACCUCUGAUCAUAUAUAUUCGUUGGGUCUGACUUUCAGGACCAGCCAGAAUCGUAUUCUGUCUGUUGCACCUCGUCAGAGAAAGUGGGUUCAUCAUAAUAUAAAGACUCUGAGACCACCGCCGGAGCACUACAUUACGGGGCUUUAUUUUAGAUUUGCGAGUUCGGCUAUCGUCUCGGUUGGAUUGAUAUUCGCUUCGGUGAAAGCUUGA